GGCUAAAAAAGUAAAAGAGAAAUAGAAAAUAUUGGUUAUGGUUAGGAAUGAACAUCCUCCUCCACUCCUAAAUUUAGCUGCGCUUUCUUCUGAAUAAUCACAAUUCAACUUUCAUCUUCCAAUCAAUCAACAAUGAUCGUUUAGAUUGCACAUCACAACCCAUGUCGGUUUUAUCAAGCAUGGAAGCGCCUACCGUUGACGUGGAUCUUUCGCCUGCGAGGAUUGAAAAUGAGAAAGAAGGAGGUCCGAUGUUCCAUUGUGAUUUGCAUGAUACUGAAGUAGUUCACAAGUUGGCUCAAAUGUUCCUGCCGGGUCUAGCUUCUGCUUGUGUUGAUAACACAACUGGCUUCAACACUCCUGGUUCAGUUGCGGAUGGUUUGAGGAAGGAAAUGAUAGAUUUUCUUACGCUGAGAAGUGAAUCGUUUGUUGCUGAGACUGUUAUCUUGGAUGAUGGUGCGGAUGGUGGAGUGUCCGAUCAUCCUUUUGAUAUUAUUUCUAGUUUUGUUGACGAUUUUGUAGAUUCGAAGAGGAAUUUGUUGAGUCAGGUUUCGGGAUGGCUGCUUAGCGAUAAGAGAGAAGAUAAAAUAGAUGAUUUUGUUCAGGAGAUGGAAAUGAAUGGUUUUUGGUUGUUAGAUAGACGAGAAAAAGUUGCUGAAAAUUUGCUUAAGAAUGUUGACUUCAAGAACUCGUUUCAUUGCAGCGCGAGUUUUGUUAACAAAGACGAACUUGUCGCCCAUGUUGAUAAUUGUAACUUCAAAUCUGUGACCUGCCAUAAUGAGGGAUGCAAUGCGAGGUUUAGCGCGGUUCAUUUGAAGGACCACGAUUCACAUUGUCCUUUUAAGAUAAUUCCAUGUGAGCAGAAGUGUACAGAUAGCCUUAUGAGGCGUGACAUGGACAGGCACUGCAUUACUGUUUGUCCGAUGAAGCUUGUGAACUGUCCUUUCUAUGCUGUUGGUUGUCGAUCGGCUAUUGCGCAAUGUAUGGUUGGAAAACAUUGCUCAGAUGAUCUUAAUUCUCACUUAUUGCACUUGCUUAAAGGCAUCCACAAGGAUGCAUCCGGUGGAGAUCUUAAUCGAAGAGUAGAGCAAAUUGUACAGGCAUCAACAAACAAUAGGUUAGCAGAAGCUCGCGAUGCGAGAGCUUUUAAGCUUAUUGUCAGAGAUCUUGAAGCUAAGCUAGGGCCUUUGGAAGUCAAUCUCAUAGAGAAAACUAGUACAGAAACAGUUGCCAAGAAUGAGGACAGUGAAGACACAGGCACGGAAACAAAGGGCAGCACAGAAACUUUAGCUUCAUCAGAUAAAGCUGAAAUGAGUGCUGUAUUGAACAAGAAUGAAGAUAGUGAAGACACAGGCACGGAAACAAAGGGCCGCACAGAAACUUUAGUUUCAUCAGAUAAAGCUGAAACGAGUGCUACAUUGAACAAGAAUGUUGCAUAGAAUUCUGUGAAUAAUGAAGAAGUUGGUGAGCUUUAAAGUAUAGCCACCAAACAAACAUAUUUCUGCUUACAUUCUUUUGUUUGUUUAUUCAUGAACACCAUUAAAAGUUUUCAAGACUAACUUCUCAGUUUGAACUUCCAAGUGAGGUUGUCAAAUAUCUCUGUAACUAUUUACAAUAUCAAAAAAGGUCUGAGAGAAGUUGGUACCACUUGAGCCUUAGCUCAGUUUGGAUUAGUUUCUACUUUCUAGAUAUCUAGGAAGUUAUCCAAUCCCAAUUCAGGAUAGUCAUCUUCAUCCUCAACCUCAGUUUAUUCUUCAUCAAUGGCAGCAUCAUUAAUAGAACAAGGAGAAGCAUCCAAACCGUCACCAACAGGCAUCUUCAUCUUCUCCAACGUCAAGUACUAUAGCAAGAUGUCUUCAUGUAUAUAUAUAUAUGUUCAUUAUCCUUUAUAUUCCCAACCCAUUCAUCUCUAAAUUGUUUGUGAUUUUCUACACUCUUUCUUCAUCAUCCUAAAUAAUUUGUAUGUGAGUUUCUAAA